AGAAAUAAAUCAAUGUUAUCAGAAGUCAACAAGGAGAUUAAAUAGGAUUAAUUGGUUCCUCAAUUGAAUCAAGCUCCCAGCAGCACAUUCUUCGUCUACAAUUGUUACAUCCCAGUUGUUUAAGAUUUUAUGAAUCAACCCCCAACAUUACAAGUCCGAAAUUCAAGUAAAAUAGCUUAGAUAAUGUAGGUGAAUCUUUCCCAUAAAUAUUGAAAUAAACAGAUAGUUUACAAAUGGGACAUCUCGGACCUGGGAUGUCCAUUCCAAGUUUUUAAUUUGGAGCAUCUACACCCUUCAUUAAUGCAGAGGAUGUUAUGAGAAAUGUUCAACCACAAACUACUUAGAAUCAUUUCGCAUCAUUCAUUUUAAAUGAGCAACUCAAACCAUAGAAUAUGCCUCAAAAAAACAGAAUCAUUGAAGGUACCCAAAUUUUGUGUGACAUUGAAAUUGUGCUCAUAUCUCGUUAUUUCGAUAUGAAAGCUACUGUAAUUGAUUUGUGCGAUUAACUUAGGUAUUCUGCUCUCCCAACAACAAAUACAAUCUAAAGGAGGACACUUCCAUUUCAAAUUCUGAAUGGCUGAAAGAUAGAAUGUCCUACAGAUACAAGAAACCUGUAUGAUUAUAUAUCAAUAUUAUUAGAUCAAGGAAUCCUUCUGCGAUAUGAUCGAAGUUAUUCAAAAAGAAGGAGAGACUAACAUGAAGGGAAUCAUCCAACCGAUUAAAUUCUAAUAAAAUGGUUUCGAUUCUAUAGAACGGCAAGUGCCCAAAAGUGUGAAAUUAGAAAAACCAUUCUCACUUUUCAUCUUAGAAAUACAAUAACUUAUUUCUUCGUUUCUAUUUAACAUCUAUUGACAAAAUAGGACUGAAU